AUGUCUUCUCUCCUAGUUACCAGUGUAUUAUUAUUAAUUCAUCUUUUUUAUCAAAUUGAUUGUGUGAGCAAAUUUGAAAAGGAAUUUUGGGAAGUUGAUAAUCAUAAAAUUUGGGCUAUUCUAGUAGCUGGAUCAAAAGGUUGGGUUAAUUAUCGACAUCAGGCUAAUGUAUGUCAUGCUUAUCAUCUGCUUCGAGCUAAAGGAAUUCCAGCCAAUCAAAUUAUAACUUUUAUGUACGAUGAUAUUGCUAAUAACCAAUGGAAUCCUUUCCCUGGGAAAGUAUUCAAUGAUUAUACACACACAGAUUAUUAUAAUGGAGUGAACAUUGACUAUUCUUAUACGGAUGUAAAUGUGGACAAAUUUAUUCAAGUUCUGUUGGGUGAUAAAAAGUUAGAGUCAUCUGGUCAGAAAGUCUUAAAAAGUAAUUCAGAAAACAAUAUCUUCUUAUAUAUGACUGAUCAUGGCAGUGAUGGUACAUUUCUGUUUCCUAAUGCCGGUGACAUAUUAACAAAUUUAUAUUUCAAUGAAACAUUAACACAAAUGUAUAAUGAUGGGAAAUAUAAUAAAAUGUUAAUUUAUAUGGAAUCAUGCUUUUCAGGAUCAAUGUUCUAUGAUAUAUUAUCACCAGAUAUAAACGUAUUGGCUGUAACUUCAGCAAAUCAGCAUGAAAGCAGCAUGGCAGCAUUUUGUCGUGAUCCAGAAGUACCUGCUUGUCUAGCUGGUGGAUUUUCAUAUAACUGGAUAUCAGAUUCAGCGUCUCAUGAUAUAACUAGGCGGACAGUUGCUGAACAGUUUCGUACUGUGAAAUCUUCAGUUUCCCAGAGUCAUGUUGAACAAUUUGGUUAUGUGAAUUUAGGAUCUUUAGAACUGUCUUAUUUUCAAGGAUCGGGUGAAGCGAAAAGCCUAGGAAAUACAACAGAGUUUCAUCAGGUGAAGGAUGAAAUGCCAGCUUCUGAAGUUCAGUUAUUCUCUGCAAUACAUCGGAUGGAAACUCAAAAUUCAGAUGAACAACGAAUUUUAAACUACAAACUUUUAAAGAGAAUAGUUGAGCUAAGAGACCUGGUAAGAAAGACAACGGAAGUUAUAUCUGACUAUGUGAAAAUACAAGAACCUUAUCGUAUACCUCCUGAGGUGAAUGAAAUCCGCUUGUGUCAGCAUGAAGUUAGCAAGGCAUUUUUCCACGAGUGUCUCAGUGUAAAUCAGAUAAACGACGCAGCUUAUGCUGUUCGUGAUCUAACACAACUUUGUUCCAUCGGAUACAGCUCUGAAUUAAUUGUUAGAUCAAUUAUCAAAAUAUGUCACUAA